AUGUGUACCAACAGUCUAAAAUUGGGCGCGUGUGCUUUAUUUGUUACGGUAGAGCUGUUGGCGGAGGUGAAGUACUCGGGAGCACCAGCUGCCCCGAUUGUUUGCGAACAUCAUGGGCCCACAGCGUAUGCUCCUACCUUGACACGCAUCGACGAGCGCCAAAGCGACCCAGCCGCAUCGAACAUCCACAAUGUCCCGCACGCUCAAGCUCUUAUCCGCUCAACCAGCACUGCACAAGACUUGGAGAAGGAGGCCGACGAAGGCUUUGGUCCUGCUCCCUCCCGCGUAUCGAGCAACACCAUCGUACCGGAACCGUCUCAUGAAGUGGAUGAUAUGGAGCCUUGUGUUUCAAUUCCCGGUUUUCAGAAGUCGUAG